UUGCUCACACAUAUAAUUUUAAUUUUUGAAUUCCAAGAAUUUAUUUGUAAUCUUGAUAUUCCACUUGAAAAGAUAAAACUGUACAUUCUCCAAAAACAAAUUUACGUAGAAGUAGAGAUGAUCAUCUGCGUCACUCAAUCUUGAUUUCAAACUCCCAUAUGUGCAGUUUUUUUUCACUGAGGUCUACGAAACCCCAAAGAGUAGGAGAAUGAGUAGGCCUGAUAAUAAUCUUGAAAUUUCUGGUAAACGUGAUGAGUAUUCUGCUAAUGCUGAAAGUGAAUCUUUGAAGAAACCCAUAGAGGAGAAUUCAAGAAUGGCCCAAGAAGGUAACAAGUCAAAUGUGCCUGCGAUUCAUGUUCGUCAACAAAUAUGCGUACCAUUCAAAAAGCGGGGUACCUGCCCUUAUAGUGAAUGGUGUCGUCAUGUUCAUACUAUAGGCGAAGGUAGAGGCAAAGGUAAAUACAGGGAGUGCUCUGCAAUAACAAUUGUGAAUGGUGAGUCUGCAGAUGUGCCUACGCAGGACAUUGGGUUUGAGCAAGAUAUCUUGAGGAUGAAUGCAGGGAGAUACACGACUCAUUCUGAUAUUAUGGAAUCCAAAAAGUCUGAGAAUUGUACAAGGCUGAAGACCAGACUUUGCACCCUGUGGGAAAGGGACAAUAGAUGUGCAUAUGGUACAAAAUGUUUAUUUGCUCAUGGGAAAGCAGAACUGAAGAGUCUUGAUUCCUCCAAUCCACCAGAAUCGCGGAGUAGUGCUGACAUUUCUGCUCCAGCCAGAAAUGUACCCGACAGGGAUGUUGCAUCCAAUCCACCGGAAUCGCGGAGUAGGGCUUACAUUUCUGCUCCAGCCAGAAAUGUACCCGACAGGGAUGUAGCAUCCAAUCCACCGGAAUCGCAGAGUAGAGCUGACAUUUCUGCUCCAGCCAGAAAUGUACCCAACAGGGUUGUAGCAUCCAAUGAAAUAGUGACCAUUGCUCCGGCUGACCGUAGGUUCAAGUGGAAUGACAUACAAAGGAUCAGCCGGAUCUAUGGUGACUGGAUUGAAUAGCCACAGCCUUCCCCGUAAUCAUCAGACACUGGACAACUAAAGAGCCUCAAUUUUAUAUCGCAUUGGCUCUUUGAUCAAUUUUUGAAAUCUCUGUAGUUUAAAAUGCUGCUUGCUGAGUUGAUAUCAUUUCGAUUUCAGUUUGACAAAACCUGCCUUGUCAGGAUUUUGUGAAGUGAAAAAACAUACUACAUAGUUUUACAAAUCAGAAUAGGGAUAAUUAAAGUAAAAAUUACAGUCUAUACAACACUAGUUUCAGCAUUUAUGCACAUCUUAUAGAAGAAGACUUUUUGUUAAUGUGAGUUGUCUUGUUAUUUUGCCAUCUCCA